AUGCCAGCUUUACCGCGGACGGUGGCUGUUGUCCACACCCCGUUCUGGAACGAGUCAGAACAAGAGUCACCAGAAGAAGAAGUGCAAGACGUCUUCACACCAAGAUUUAUUUACUUCUCGGGGCCAGACAAGAGGGGUCAUGAUUCCCACGACUCGCGACGACGCCACCGUGAACCGAAGAGAGAUUGUCAGUCAAAAGUACAUAACGGCUUCAAGCAACUUGAUCAGUGCUCUUCCCAACCAGAGGCAAACCGGCUAAAGCGCUCUCCCGAGUCUGCAUUCUCAAGUCCUUCAAUGACUUGCAACUUCAACAUGACUGAUUUCGAGCGAUUCAUACUCAGUGAUACCGGCAAAGAAGUGAAGCAAGAUAUCUAUUCUUACUACAACAUCACCCAGCCUGCGAAACACACCGAUUUGAGACCACGGAAGAGAAAGAGAGUGGAUGGCGUGACGAUGGCUGAUAAGGAGAUACGCGAGUAUGAGCGCUGGGUUUUCGGCACGUGGGAGAACAUAUUCUCAGGGUCUUAUUCGUAUUCUGGGUAA